CAAGUUCGUAAACUCACCGCUGAGCUCAUCGGUGGCGUCGGACCUGUCUCUAAACUGGAAUAAAGGACGCCAUUUCAAUUGUGCUUUUAUCUUUUAAAUAAUUAACUUAAUUUUAAAUCAUCUGAGGAAACUUUAAUUUUUUAUCUUCAUCGGUAUGUAAAGUAUAUUGGAAGAAUACAUCAAAAGAAGUGUAUGACUAAUAUAUAAACAUAUAGUUGGUCAGCGCUACAAAAGCGUUUGGUACCCAAAGCUUCUAUGAAACCUCCUUAUUGUUGAUCGUAGUUUCGCCAAAUUAAUUAGUUUCAGAAAUUUUAUCUAUAAGGUUCUUAUUACAUCUACUUCUAAUAAGGAAAAGAAACUUUUUAGCACUUUACCAGUUUUUCCAUCAUUAAAUUUCGUGUCUUUGCUUUGUUUCAACUAUUCGUGUUUACUGCAUCAAGCUGAGUUUAGAAGUUGUUUAGGAGUUUAAAUUACUUUUUCAUUACUAGUUCUGCCUGUUAUGAAAUAAUAGUUUACAAAAUGGAACCACAACCGAAAUACAGGGAAAAAGUUUUGAUUGGGCUAGAAAGUGCUCCUCCAAGUUUUGAUGUUAGGAGUAAAGUAAUGGGGCCUGGAGGUGCUAAUCUCCAAUACAUAACCAAUGAAACUGGAGCUAUUGUAACAAUAAGAGGAAAAGGAUCGGGUUUUAUUGAACCUGCGACUGGUCAUGAAUCUGUUGAGCCUCUCCAUAUCUGUGUUGAACAUUCCAAGUAUGAAGUCCUCCAGGCUGGAAGACAACUUGCUUUCAAUUUGAUUGAGACAGUUCAGCAAGAAUGGUCCGACCUUCAACAACAGCAACAUCAGCAGCAGCAGCAACAACAACAACAACAAACUGCUGAGAGCCAACAGCAAGGCACAGUUCAACAGCAACAUGUCCAGGCUAUACCUGUUCAUAACCAGUUGAGCUCCACAGCAUCAGUUCAAGCAGCUCAAGGGCAAGAGACAGUGUUGCCAAGCAGUGGUAACUCUCUUCAGUUGCAGCUGCCAAUAUUCACGCCACCGCCUUCUCUGGCGGUACCUCCGCCACCGAUCCAUCUAGCGCAGGCACAGCCUAUUCAGGUGAGCGUGAGUAACACCAGCGGAGGUCAAGGCCACCAGACAACCGUUAGCACAGGGAGUACCCAGGCGACACAGGACGCUACUAGCCAACAAGCUAUUGUGCAGCAGCCGACUGCUCUACAGCCCACGGACAUACAGCAUCAGAUACAGAUUCAGCCUCAGCAGGUAUAUGUGAGCCAGGGGGGAGGUGUCAUCCAGCCUGCUACGAUAAUUCCUCAGCAGCAGAUUCAGCAAACCUCCAUCUUGGCUCAUCAGCCGCAGAUCAUCACGCAAUCUUAUCCUAUUCAGUAUGUGCAGGCCAGCAACGGACAGAUGGUCGUCGCUUACCCCAACAUUGUUAGACCUGUUGCGACGGAUAAUAACUCUGCUCAACAACCUCAGGUUAUGCUGGUGCAGUACGCCCCUCAGAGGCCGUUGCUCCACGGGAGGACCACAACUCAGUCGCACACCGUCCCGCAGAUAGUGCAGAUCGUUAACCCACAGACGGGCCAGGUGCAGCACGUCCUUCAGCAUAUUCAGCCUCAGAUCCAAAUGCAACAGUUGGCAUUGGCAACGAAUGCCGGUCAGGUGAGCGGAGGUACAGUCGUCGGAGGGCAGGUUCUGAUGCCGCUUCAACAGUCCAACCAACAGCAGCAGAUCCUAGCGACACAGCAGGACGGGCAGCAGAUCCAGUUCGCUGCUCAGCACGCUCAGGGCAUGAUCAUAACCAGCCAGCCGCAUCAGGUCACCGUCUCUCAGGCGAGCUUGCAGCAAGCGGAAAGGGGAAAUCAUCAGAAAAGACGGUGUACAGAAGAUGAUGAAGAAGAAAUGAGAAAAGAGAGGAAUAAAGCAAAAAAGAGAAUGUGAAAUGAAUAUUUUUUAUUAUAAACAAAAAAUAUGUAGUACAGCAGCAGGUGCUGAGACCUGGGCAAGGAGUGAAGAGGAGGUUCGAUUCGGGACCGGCCCCUUCCAAUCAGGCUCCGCCGCCCAGCUAUCUGGCAAUCCCUCCACCGCAGUCAAUGCCUCCUCCCACAAUGACACUUCAGGCUGUUCGCAAGGGAAUCGGCUCCGAAGGUCUGCAACAGCAACAGCAGAGCAUCAGGCCGUCGCAACAGGCCCAGCAGCAGCAACACAUCCAACACCAACAACUGCUGCAGCACCAACAGCAGCAGCAGCAACAACAACAACAGGCUGCGCAGCAGAUGAUUCAACAGCACCAGCAGCAAGUGCAAGUAGUCCAUCAAUCCACUAUAGAUGAAUCUCAGCAGAUAGACGAAAAAACGAUACAACAAACUUUGCAGUCAGAUGAUUGGAGGCUUCAGCAGCAACAGCAACAGCCACAACACCAACAACAGAGGCCUCAAUACGUCCAAAUCCAGACUCCUAAUUCGCCUUCAUCCAAUAGUGAAAACCCGAACGAGGGGCGUAUGAAGGGACAAAUGGAAAUGAACAAACAGCAGGCAAGUUACGCUUACCAGCAGCAGGCACAGACCAAACAACAACAGCUGCAGCAGUUCGGAGCGACGGGGGCGCCCGCCGACGCCUACGGGCAGCAGAGCUAUUCAACCCAGGGGUAUCCCCUCUACCAACAGCCCCCUCCGGCCUCCUUCCAGCAGCAGCAGGCGUCUGCGUACAACUCGUGGCUCAUGCCGCAGCAAUGAGGGAACGACUAGGUGUGUUUGAGGAUGGUAUAUAAGUGAAAGUGAGCAUCAUGAGUUCACGUUGGUCUCUUUGUGGGACAUCGGUCGACGGAAAAGUGUUUCGUAUUAAAGCACAAGAUGUACAAUAAAUUUCAGCUGCUUCAUUUCGAGCAGGAUGAUGGCUUUCAUUUCUAGAAGUAUACUUUAGCAGUUUAGUGUAGAUCAUUGAUGUUCUGUUUCAUGAUAUUGGUGUAAUAUUACAAGACUUUUUACUGUAUUUACUAUUUAUUAUGAAAAACAAACAAAGAAAUAAUUGUGCUUCUGAUCUUUAACAUAUGUUUUCCUAUUGUCGGUUUAUUAAUAAAAUUAAAUCAUUUCAUACUUCACUGAACGCAAAGCGUUAUAUGCUUAAAGUAACUAUAUCAAGUAUAUAAAAAGGGUCUGGGCAAGUUCCUAAACUCAGCACUGAUUCUCUCGAUGAUGGGUUCCAGAGGAAAAUUAACACACUCCUAGAAGGUUAAAAAACAACUGAAUAAUAAAAAAAAUAUUUAAGGAAUAACUGGCUACUAAAUUGUUGAAUUUGAAAACAUGAAACAAAAAUAGAUUAAAAGUUUGCUGAGUAUAAAUAUGUAAAGUGAAUUGAGAAAUAACAACGCAGGGGUUGCAUUCAGCAGAUCUAUCAAUCACAAAUGCCGAUUACUGUGUUCAUUAUUGAAAAAUAAGGUCUAUAUUCACAACUAGUUAAGUUCCAUCAAAAAUGUACUUGAUAACUUCUUGCAAUAAACCGACGACUCUAUGAUUAAAGAAGACUGGUAAAGCGAAUUUUGGUUACGGUUCCUUAUUGAUCACUCUAGAUGAAGCGGAGUGCUUGGACUGAAGAUGGUUUUGUGACAUCAUUUGACGAUUGCCCCUCCCCAUUGUUACAUUUACCGACAUUUAGUGGGUGAUUUUUGUAUUUACAGGUCCAUUUUCAAAACUAUUCCACACUUCAAACACCAAAAUUUCAGAUAUAAAGUUAUCUAUAUAUAAAUUUUAAUUUUGGUCUAUUUGUUGAUAAACACAUAUUUUAUAAUAUUUACACCCUUAAAAUAUUUCAAAGUACAGGUUAUUUAUGAUAACUCUUUAGUGAUUAUAAAUAUUGCCUCUAGAAUAACAAUAAAAUUUAAUAAUUAUUUCUCAAAAAAUUACAGUGAAAAAUUUAAAUGUAUUAUAAAUUCACUAAAAAUGUUAAUUUUCUUUUUAUUAAGUUUAUAUUUAAAACGUAGUUUAUAGUUACCAAAUAAACUAAUCUUUAAAUUAUUUGUUUAAAUAUAUUUGUAUAGUCGUUUUUUUUAUAAAUUUUAAGCGACUAAAAAUAUUCUGUAUUAUUGCGGCACUGCCUAUUUUCAACCCUGAUGGUUGGUUGAAGUGAUCGGAUUUUGCCACGGAUUGAUUGAGUUGAGAACUGUAGGAUUCUAGUAUCUAUCACUCCAAAAAAUCAUUAAAUUUCACCCACGGUUUUUAUUCAUUCCAUUUGUUGUGGAGUGAUAGUCAGUUGUCGCCUCGUCCACAACUUCCCCUUCGGCAUGAAAUUUUUCUUAAAUAACUGCUGGAUUAAUGUAUUAGUUUUACUUUAUAUAGUGAUUCAUUAUAUUAAAACAUUUAGUAUGACAUACAUGUAUUGUUGAACAAAAGAAAAAUACAGAAACGUUACUAUAAUCUCGAACCAGUCUUCUUUAAUGUAGCAGAUUAUAAAUAUUUAACAUUCUCUGUAGAAGCACUAUUUGUUUUUUAAAUAAACAAUGUUACCUUUUUAUUCCUUUUUUUUUAUUUAUCAUUUCUCCCUCCCCUUUUCUAUUAAAAAUAAUACUUUCUACGCUAGUUACUGUUUUUCUGAAAUAUCAAAUUCAAAUAUUGCAAGUUAAUUCUGUGAUUCGACUCGUUAUUAUAAAUAUUUUUUAUUUAAUAUUUUUAAAUUGUAAACGAAGGUACUUUUAAAAUUGAAGUAAUGAAAUUCAUCCAAUAUCAGUGAAACUUAUCGUCUGUUUUAAAUCUAAGUAGAUUUUGGUCAUUAUUUGAUUCUUAGCUUAUUCAAUUCGUAAUUAAUAGAUUCUCAGUUGCUCAUAUUUCUUAAAUGUUCCUUUCUUCUAUUUAUUAAGAUAGCAGUAGUCAUUUAUGAUUAGUAUUAUUUUUGCUUAAAAUGAAUUGUAAUUAAGUUUACUUUGUCUUUAUAUUUGUAUAUAUUAAGUUCAACUUUCUAUAUUAAAAUAUAUAUUGUUCAUUAAACUGAUGAUGUACCUAAAAUAUUAUACUUAUUUAUUUCAACCUAUCAAAAACUUGUAAUUUUUAUUCCUUCAAAUGAUUUAUUUUUUAUCUUAACAUUAAUUUACAGCAAUGUCCAUUUAUUUUAUUUACC